GCUGAGCGUGGUCCCGGCGGGGGGCGGCGCUUCGCUCGGGGCGACCUGGGAUCCGCGCGGUUCGCCGGCGCCCACUGCAGGAGCAGCAGUACGCUUGGGGGCUGCGCGCUAGCAGCCGCACCGCUCUGCCCCGCGAGGGCGGCUGUGUUGUUAUUUGUUCUUUUUCACGUGAAAAGGACACUGCGUGGCUUCCCACAGUGUUCUCCGGGGCUUUCACUUGUUUAAAUCUUGAUUUUUGAUUUUCAAUCAAGUAUUUUUGAAUUUUACGCAUUAAAACAGAGAGGGGAAAAUACCCGUCUUGGUUGUUGGAGAUCCUUCUCUUUUCGAGGAGAGCAGCCACGCCAGCUUCCCGGUGCAGGAACGAUGUAGCCCCGCUCUGACCCGCGCCCACGCUGCCAGGUCACCCUUUGUCUGCGGCUCGCUGGGAAGGCUAUGAUGGGAAUGCAUGGGAGAACUUGGAGGUUCUGUCUAACCCUCUGCUUCUACCUGGAAGAUCCUCCUGUAGGAACACUGUCUCCCACUGUGGUGGGCUCCAAGGGGCAAAUGGACAAGCACAGCGCAGGGGGCCCGCGACGCACGCUUCCUGCAGUCUAGUCCAGGAAGCCCUUCCUCGGGGCCUGGGCUCUGGGAUGCGGCGUGCCGGAUGCCCUUGCCCUGAGUGACGAUGAUGGCCUUGCCCUGAGUGACGAUGGUCCGCCGCGGGCUGCUGGGGUGGAUUUCCCGGGUGGUGGUCCUGCUUGUGCUGCUCUGCUGUGCCGUCUCCGUCCUCUACAUGCUGGCCUGCACCCCCAAAGGCGACGAGGAGCAGCUGGGACUGCCCAGGGCCAAUGGCCCCACCGGGAAAGAGGGCUACCAGGCCGCGCUCCAGGAGCGUGAGGAGCAGCACCGCAACUAUGUCAGCAGUCUCAAGCGGCAGAUUGCGCAGCUCAAGGAGGAGCUGCAGGGGCGUAGCGAGCAGCUGCGGGGCGCUCAGGACCAGGCCAGUGAGGUGGCAGGCCGGGGCCCCGCGCCCAAGGCCCAGGCGCAGGCCGAUCUGCUGGCUUUCCUGCGCGCCCAGGUGGACAAGGCGGAGGUGCACACAGGGGUCAAGCUGGCCACCGAGUACGCCGCGGUGCCCUUCGACAGCUUCACCCUGCAGAAAGUGUACCAUCUGGAGACCGGCCUGACGCGUCACCCUGAGGAGAAGCCGGUGAGAAAAGACAAGCGUGACGAGUUGGUGGAAGCCAUCGAGUUGGCUUUGGAGAGCUUGAACAACCCCUCAGAGGGCAGCCCAAACCAGCGUCCCUACACGGCCUCGGACUUCAUAGAAGGGAUCUAUCGAACAGAAAAGGAUAAAGGCACUUUGUAUGAGCUCACCUUCAAAGGGGACCACAAACACGAAUUCAAAAGACUGAUCUUAUUUCGACCUUUUGGCCCAAUCAUGAAAGUGAAAAAGGAGAAACUCAACAUGGCCAACACGCUUAUCAAUGUUAUCGUGCCUCUAGCCAAAAGGGCGGACAAGUUCCGGCAGUUCAUGCAGAAUUUCAGGGAGAUGUGCAUCCAGCAAGAUGGGAGAAUUCAUCUCACUGUUGUUUACUUUGGGAAAGAAGAAAUGAAUGAAGUCAAGGGAAUACUGGAGAACACGUCCAAAGCUGCCAACUUUAGGAACUUCACCUUCAUCCAACUGAAUGGAGAAUUUUCCAGGGGGAAGGGACUCGAUGUCGGAGCUCGCUUCUGGAAGGGCAGCAAUGUCCUUCUCUUUUUCUGUGAUGUGGACAUCUACUUCACCUCGGAGUUCCUCAACACAUGCAGGCUGAACACACAGCCAGGGAAGAAGGUGUUUUAUCCGGUCCUUUUCAGUCAGUACAACCCCGGGAUAAUCUACGGCCACCACGAUGCCAUCCCGCCCCUGGAACAGCAGCUGGUCAUAAAGAAGGAAACUGGAUUUUGGAGAGACUUUGGAUUUGGGAUGACAUGCCAGUAUCGCUCGGACUUCAUCAACAUAGGUGGGUUUGAUUUGGAUAUCAAAGGCUGGGGCGGCGAGGAUGUGCACCUGUAUCGAAAGUAUCUCCAUAGCAACCUCAUUGUGGUGCGGACGCCAGUCCGGGGACUCUUUCACCUCUGGCAUGAGAAGCGCUGUGUGGACGAGCUGACUCCUGAGCAGUACAAAAUGUGCAUGCAGUCCAAGGCUAUGAACGAGGCAUCCCACGGGCAGCUGGGGAUGCUGGUCUUCCGGCACGAGAUAGAAGCUCACCUACGCAAACAGAAACAGAAGACAAGCAGCAAAAAGACAUGAGCUCCUAGGGGACAGAUCUGCAGCGACAUUUUAUCUUCCUUUUGCAAUUACCAAAAUAAUGGUUGCAACAAGGAAAAGACUGCCAUAAAGGGCACAAAAAGAAUCUGACUGAUUAGUAAGAGACGACAGGAGAGAGCCUUCAGUUCCUCUCUACUUGGCUUUAUGCAAGAGGAAUUAAAAUCUUUGCCGUGCCUGCAAACAUAGCCCAGAUGCACCAGGGAAGAGCCGGACAAAGGCGGAAUGAUUAGGAGAUGACAAGCCUGGUGGCGUGGAGUUUUGAUUGUGUUUACAACAAAACGAGAUCUGUUGUUUUCUGUGCUUAUUGAAAUAUUCAUGAAUUAGGACCAGCUUUGUCAGAAGUUCAGGAGAAUGAAAGGCAAGCACGUUUCUCCUCAUAUGAAUGGUUCUGUCAGUGGCGCACCAGUUGUAGAAAUGCGAACGCCUCAGAAGGCAGCAGAGCAAACCGAGUCAAAUGCAGACAUUCACUCAUGAGCCUCAUGAAGAUCGCAGGCAAAAUCAGGUGGACUAGAUGGACCAGUCACCACAAAUCCUGUGUUGUUUCCCCUCAAGGUUAACCAAAAAUAAUCUGCUUAUCUUUCUAUCAUCUUUUUUUAACCUUCUCCAUUUGUUUAUUUAAAGAUGUGUUUUCGCUUGUGUGCUAUCCCCUGCUUAUUUAAUUACAGAUUUGCAGUCUUUACUAAGCACAAUUUAGCAUAUACGUGUUUAUGUUUUUUUAAGAAGAUAUUUUUAGUGCAUUGUGGGAACUUUCAGUUCAGAAUGUCGGAUUGAUACCACAUCUUGCCAAACACGGAUACUGUCUGGCACUGAAAGUCCAGGCCUUGAGAUGAGUGAAGGCCUGGAUGGGGCCACUGGGCAAGGGUUGUGUAGAUACUUCAUCUGAAAAGGGUGCAGGAGGAGGAGCAACUGAACACUGGAGGAAGAGACACUGUCACCUUAUCCAGAAGGGAACUGCAUUCUGACUGAUGAGAUCUUGACAUAUUUAAGUCUCUCUCUUGCCUGUUUAAAUAAACCAAAGUUAUGAACCAAACAAUCUCUUUUUCAAAGCAGGGUGCUCUUCCUGGCUUCUGGCUUCCAUAAGAAGAAAAGCAGGAGGAAAAAAAAUACAAAACAAAAAAAAAACUCAAUCUGUCUGCCAGAGUCCAGCAAGAUGGAAGUUUUUACUACUUGUUCCCUCACCCCAGGCGAGGUGGAAGUAAUUUAAUUAUUUUUAAAAUUAAGCAGUUCAACUCAAUCACCAAGAUGCUUCUGAAAAUUGCAUUUUAUUCCAAUUUCAAAGAGUGUUUUUUAAAAUAAGUACAGUUAACCUUGAGUGGUUUCUACAUCCAUGUGAGGAUAAUUUAUUUAUUAGCCAGCACCAGCUGCAUGAGCUAAUUAUCUCUCUGAUUCCUUUCCUUCUGUUUGCCUACAGUAAACUCAUUGUUUGAAAGCUCCAAGAGCAUUCAAGCUGUUGGUAAAAGGAAGAGCAUUGUAUUGAUUUGUACUGGUAGUUCAUAAAAUUUAAUUAAAACA